GAACCAAUCGUGGCUUUUGCAGUUGAACAAACAGAUUAAAGAUAGAACUGAAAAACAUACAAAGCUUUGGUCAAUGUCUUUGACAAAUGAGCUUUUCUUGGACAGCUUCAAAUAGUUGUUAGGUUUCAUUGAAAAAACAUCUGCGUCCUGAUAAUAGGUUUUUGAACAUUUAAAAUUUAUCCGACAUUAGGGCUCGGCCAGUUUAGCGUCGGUUACCAUGAUGUGAAAUCAUUGAAAACACUUGGAACGGUUUGUUUGUAAUGGAUGAUUACAUCGCAACAAAAGUUAGCGUUUCUGUACGAAAUGCUAUCAGCGUUAACUCUACCAAAAGCCACCAGCUUGAAAAGCAGGUCAAAAACUUGGAGGCCGAAAGAGAUAUGCGUCUGUUAAAUUUGCAAAUGAAGAAAGACGAAAUGUUUUUCGGCUCCCCGAAUUCUCAGCGGAGGAAGAUUCUCGUUAAAUCUCCCAGCGUCUCUGAAGGCUUGAGAGCCGGAACACCAUCUUCACAGCAAGAAAUUUUAGACCUAAAUGCGGGUUUGAGCAAAGAAGAAGAGUUUAGCAGGCUUCAAAAGGCUCACAAUCUUCCACCGCUGUAUUUAGAUAGAGCUGGGAUUGUGGCAACGCCUCCGCGGAUUAGAAAAGCUAGAAAUCUUCAUCCUGGAUCAUUCCCGGUCCCUAUCACUCCCUCACGUCUCGCCGAAUCACCGAAGCCGGAACAUAAACUUUUAACAAGACAAUCAAGUUCGCCGCAGAUGCUUUCAAGUUCUAAUUCAAUGACAAACGUGAACGAAACACGGCGUGAAGAACAUUUGGAGAGUAAACAACGGUUUUCACCCAGGUUACAGAGAACAAAUAUUGACUCAUCUGUCCUCUUAAAUUCGCCUACCAGCCCGAAGGCUCUUAACUUUGAUCAACCGAGUAAUUUUUCUCAAAUUCCUCGACGACCUGCUACAGCAGUUGCUUCUAUCAGAGAUAGCAACAGCAGCGAAGUUCAUCGGGGGUUAAUAUUGCUGCCUGUUUCUUCAUCGAAAGAGCAAACGAAGACUAAGGAACAAAAAAAGGACAGCGUUUUUAACCGGCUUUAUUCCAGCACUAAGAAACGGGAUCGAAAGCGGAUAGGGUCGGAUGAUUCAGCGCCUCAAGCACUCCAUCUACCGCACGGGAAAUUGAAGGCGAAGUUGGAAACGAGGCGACGGUCCGUAUCACUGUCAGAUUUAUCCGAAAUCUGUGAUAAACUGAAAACCUGUCGCUAUUUGAGAUCGAAUAGUCAAAAUGAAGACUCUAAAUGUGUGUGAACUUUCAAUGUAAACAAUUCACUGCUUUAACGAUGUCAUGUACCACGAUAUCGGGUUCGUUUCCAAACCAAAGAAGAAGUUACACCUUAAGUUGUGUUUUUAAAGAAAACAAGAUUUUAAACUUAAACUGACUUUUUUCUUGUAUAAAACUUGCUUUAUUUUGCUAUAAUUUCGCUUUUCUGGCAAGGCUCAUUGAACUUGAUGAGACAAAAAGUGAAGUGAAAUUUCAUCUCUUUAACCUCGACGCCAAACUACUUCGGUCUUAUCUUAAUCAUUAUGAGCAAACAAACCCGUUAAGCUUUGUCUUUUCUUUAUUAAACGUUAGAGUACUUCAAUUUAAUCUAUUGUUUAGAUAUUGUUAUCCCUCUGUCGAACUCGCUAAUUAUAAACACUACCAUUGAAAUGUUAGACUAUUCAUGUGCAAGACAAUGAAAUAAUAAAUUUAAGGAUAAAUAUAAUGUCAA